UUGGAAGGCAGAAUCUGAUACUAGCUCCGCAACUCAUCUUCCGCCACGUUUCCUCGUCCUCUCGUAGUGCUUCAUCUCCUUGUAUAAAAUGAGGACUUCAUUUCCAUCUCGCUGCCUACCAACUCUCCAGUUCUCUGUAACUCUCACUCCUCUGCUUUACUCUUCUCCUCCUACCUUGAAAAACCAAAUACCCUUCCUUCUUCUUCUUCUUCUGUUGGCCUUGUCUGUGGCUGGGCAGUCGCCUUGAAGAAAUCAAAACCUCAAAGAUGAGCCGUUUCUGGACAUUCCUUACCCACGUUCACACUGUUGCCGGGCCGGUGACGAUGCUGCUUUACCCUCUGUAUGCGUCAGUGAUGGCGAUAGAGAGCCCUGGUAAGGAGGAUGAUGAGCAGUGGCUUGCGUAUUGGAUCAUUUACAGCUUCUUAACCCUCUCCGAGAUGCUGCUCCAGUCCGUUCUCGAGUGGAUUCCAAUAUGGUACACGGCGAAGCUGGUGUUGGCAGCGUGGCUGGUUCUGCCGCAGUUCAAAGGGGCGGCUUUCUUGUACGAGCGAUUCGUGAGGGAGCACAUCAGGAAGCAUCUCACUAACAAGAGCAGUGGCGCAAAGGGCAAGAACAAGUUCGUUCAGUUCGUUGCCCCCAAGAAGGGAGAGCAAGAGGCUUACUGAACCGGGAGGAACAGAUUAUGACGGCCAAACUGAAAAAUCGUUUAGUAGAAAUGGUGAUUAGUUUCUGCUUUAUUGUAGUUGUUUCUUCCUUCUAUUGCAGGCUGCUGUUUCCUUUCAGAGUUUGAUUUGAGGUAUGGGAUUGUAACGAGAACAAGAACCAUUUCUUAGGAGCAAGCAUGCAUAUUAUCUGUACAAAAGAGAAGAAAAGAGUUCCCACUUUGGCACAUGAAUAUCACAAGGGCAUUUUGCCUGUGUAACCAUGCUUUAUAUAUAUUUUUAAGAAAAAGUUGUGCCGGCUGGUGUUUUUGUGGAUGAAUAACUCUCCCCUCCCUCUAGCAGCAGCCAAUGCCCAGCAAUUUCCAACGCUAG